AAUAUAUAAGUCGACAUUUAUGAACUCAUUCCUGCCAGGUAUCACCUUUCUUUCUCCACAGUUUGAAGCAGUUGGACACAAUGGACAGAAGGAAUAACACACAUGUGUCUGACUUCAUCCUUAUGGGGCUGACAGAAUCUGAAGAGAUCCAGCUGGUCCUCUGUAUCAUAUUUCUCAUCAUAUACCUGGUCAGUGUCCUGGGAAACACAGGGAUGAUACUGAUCAUCCACCUGGAUCUCCAGCUUCACACCCCCAUGUACUUUUUUCUCAGUCACCUGUCAUUUCUUGACUUUACUUACUCAACAGCCAUCACACCUAAAACCUUACAGAACUUACUGACCUCCACAAAGCACAUUUCAUACAUAAGCUGCUUCACCCAAAUGUACUUUUUAAUCUUCUUGGGUGCUGUUGAAUGUUUUCUUCUCUCCUUGAUGGCCUAUGAUCGCUAUGUAGCUAUCUGCAAUCCUCUGCACUACCCUGUAGUUAUGUCCAAAAGAUUCUGUUGCUCCCUCAUCUUUGGGUCCUAUUUCAUUGGCUUUACAAACUCUGUGAUCAAUGUGCUUUUCAUGAGUAGACUGGAUUUCUGUGACUCCAAUGUAAUCCAUCACUUUUUCUGUGACACUUCCCCAAUCCUAGACCUGUCCUGCACUGACACACGUGGUGUGGAAAUCAUGAUAUUCAUUUGUGCUGGCUCUACUCUAAUGGUUUCUCUUAUCACAAUAUCUGUGUCUUACCUGUCCAUUCUGGCUACUGUACUGAAAAUUACUUCCACUUCAGGAAAGCAAAAAGCCUUCUCUACAUGUGCCUCCCAUCUCCUGGGAGUCACCAUCUUUUAUGGCACUACCAUUUUUACAUAUUUAAAACCACGCAAGUCCUAUACCUUGGGCAAAGAUCAAGUGGCUUCUGUGUUUUAUACUAUUGUGAUUCCCAUGCUGAAUCCACUCAUUUACAGCCUUAGGAAUAAAGAAGUGAAAAAUGCUCUCAAAAGACUCAUGCAGAAGAGACAGGACUUCAUGCAAUUAAAGUAA